UUAAAUUGUAAAAAAAUUUUAAUCUUUCGAAUUAUAGGGACAACCUAACACGAGCAAUAUGGGACCUAUAAUCAGGAUGUCAUCCUCUGGUACGCACGGCACGGGCGGUGUCGGUUGCUGCUGCUUUAGAUGUUGCACGUGCAUACACGUAGAGUUCUUUAAAUCAUUACCAGGAAUCAUAAAAGUUUGUGAAACGGUAAUCAGCGGAUUAAUUCAGAGUUUGCUUAUAAAUUAUGGCUUGGGCUACAGUUCAUCUAUUGGAUCGGCUUUCGAAGGAUCGUUGACCACGGCAUCCGCUUGCUUCCUGAUUUCCGCUCUGUUACUCGCUUGCUAUGCAAUUUCUGAAAAAUCUUACAAAUUAAUUCGAGCUUCACUUUUUGAAAUGAUGUUCAAUUGUUUAGCCUGCUUCCUGUAUUUAAGCUCGGCACUUUACUUGGCUUUUGCCACUAAAUUAUUUCUGAUGGUUCCGUAUUAUAUGAGUCCCGGCUUCGACGUUUAUCCUGCCAUGACAGCCGCUUAUGUAAGUUUAUUAGUGAAAUUACAAAUAGAAAACUUAACGCUUUCACUAAUUUGCGUCAUUGUUUGUUCACCUAGCCAGAGAUAA